AAACUUUAUGGGUGGGGCUUGGUGAGAGGAAAGAGAGGGAAUGGAGAGGGAAAACAGGGUGAUGUGUGUGCUGCGAAUUCAAAGUUGGGUGGGUCUACAGUGUUUCACAUUCCCAAAUAACUCCCGCGCCGUGCGUUAAAGCGCUUUCAGUUUUCAGAAAGCCACAAUGUUGAUGCUGGCUGGAAUCGUCGUUCUGCACAUUACUACCAUCAUCCUGCUUCUGGUGGCCACCAUUGAUAAUGCCUGGUGGAUCACUGACUCGAUGUCAACCGACUUGUGGGGCCAGUGGGUGUUGACCAAGUCAGAGUGGCAUUACACCAACCUGAAAAACUACCCAGAAGAAUACCUCCAGACGGUGCAGGCUACUUCAGUGCUGGCCUGUAUUUUUGCCAUCCUGGCCCUGUUUGUGUUUGUGGCUCAGCUGUUCACCCUGCCCAAAGGCCAGAGGUUCACCUUCACUGGCAUUUUACAGCUAAUCGCCUGCCUUUGUAUAAUGAUUGCUGCCUCCAUCUACACAGCCGAGCUUCACACCAGCGAGUCGGAGGGAGGGUACGGCCACUCCUACGUCCUGGCAUGGAUCUCCUUUGUCCUCACCUUCCUCCUAGCGAUCACCUACCUCGUCCUGCGGAAGAAGAGCGAGUGAGAGCAUAAAAAGAAUGAGGGCAGGGCUCAUGUUCCUCUGAAUAUGGGGAAUUAAAGAGUAGGGUUUAUUUCAAAUUUGGAAGAAAAUAAAAAAAACAACUUUGCUGUACACCAUCUACAGCUAGGAACGUGGGGAAACGUUCAAAUGCUAACACGAGCCAUUUGUUUAUAUUUUGAAUAUCAUGAAUUGAAAUGGAUCACAUGCUAACAUUACAUGAAAGACUGAAACUUUUUUUUUUUCAUAGAUUUCGAUUUCCGGCACAGGGCACAAAAAUAGGGCAUUGAUAAGGAGUGUACGACCUCAAACAGUGCUAACUUCAUAGCAGUUUACCCAUAAAAUAACUAAGAAUUCAGGUAUUUCUAUUGACUUUUAUAGUAAUUACAUAUAGAUCCAUCAGCGCUUUAAAGUAACAGUUUGACAUUUUGGGGAAUGGUCUUGCAUGCUUUUUUGAAGCUACAACCAGCCGCUGGUUAGCUUUUAUAUCACUUGAAAGCUCACUAAGUAGUGUCUUACGGCUUGUUUAUUUAAAUGAUACCAAAAAAAAGAGAAACGGAGGUGCUGGUGGAUGGAUUUUGUUACCCGUAGACACAGACUAAGUUAACUGGCUGCUGGCUGUAGUGUCAUAUUAAGAAUACAGACUGAAGAGUGGUAAUGAAAAGCAACAGAGUCGUUCCCCAAAUGUUAACUAUGCUUUUAAAAUUAUGGUAAAAUGUAAAUAUCCUCAAAAAUGCCCUCGUGUGAUAUUGUAGUUAAUUUGAAGUUUAUCUGUUAUAAUCACGUUAUGAGGCUGGUAGUUACUACUGCAGUUUUCCAGAGUUGAGGAGUGAAAAAAAUACUGUAUCUGAGAAGGUACAGCAUUUUGGCAAAACUACAGCAAUGCUGUUGUAGUACUUGAACAAUCAGGAAAGACAAGCCUUAAUUUACAGUACAAGCAGUUUUAAUUAUGUAUCAUUAUUCUACAACUGAAGUAUAAUGUAUCUUUUUUUUUUUUUAAAUCUAUGUACAUUGUAACCAUUAUAUUUUUGUAGCAUUUUGUAUUGACUGUCUUUUUUAACCUUGUUUGAUUUUGUGUCUGUAGUUGGCUGCUAUGAUAAGAAAAGUACAUGCAUUUGUACAAGUGAACAAAAAGUGAACCAGGGAUGGAGGACAAUGGUGUUUCAUUUCACCACAAUACAGAACUAUGCAAUAGAAGGUUUUGUUUGUUAUUUGCAUUGGAAUUUUAAGCCAUAUCAUUUAUUAAUAAAACCAAUUAGAACACAAA